AUGCCUUUCACCCUUUACCACCUCAUUCGAUUGUACAGCCCCCGCCUCUUUCGAGGCGGGUUAAUAAAACUUCAGCGCCGGGCCACCAAGGUUCUGUUCUCGAGUAUAAACGAGGAUAAGGAUCGAGGCUGGAUGGUUGUUCCUUGCAUGCCCGGUGCAGUUCCUGACCUCAAAAACUGGGUACGGGACCUAGCUUCGACCUCUACAUAUGCUGAGCGCUCAUGGCGUGAUUUGUCAAAGGGCCGAUGGGAGUCCAAAAAUAAUGGGUGGGUUCAUUGUGAUAUUAAACCUGCUAAUAUUUUGGUUUUCAAUGCUAAUGAACAUGACAUGCACAAGUUUAAGUUGGUUGACUUUGGAUUGUCAUUAAAAGUUGGUGAUAGAAUGGCAUAUAUGACUGGAGCUCCGUUGAGCAAUCGAGGAACCCUACUGUAUGCACCCCCAGAGUCUUUGACGUGUGGUUUCCAUGCGAAAGCUUAUGAUAUAUGGUCACCAAUAGGGGUGUAA